AUGGGUUUAUUUAGUAACAUUCCAACAGAUCCACCAAUUGAAGUCUUUCAUUUGACUGAACUUUUUAAUCAAGAUGCAAAUCCAUCAAAAGUAAAUUUAGGCAUUGGCGUUUAUCAAGAUGAAAAUGGCAGAACUUUAACAUUACCAGUUGUUCGAUCAGUCGAACAACAAAUGGCACAAGAUUUAACGUUAACAAAAAAUUAUUUAAAAGGAACUGGACUUGAUGCAUUUUGUACAGCAUGUUUAAAAUUAGUUCUCGGUGAACAAUCACCAGCUAUUGUUGAAAAUCGCGCUUGUUCCAUACAAUCAUUAAGUGGAACCGGUGCAAUUCGUAUUGGUUUAGAUUUUCUUUAUCGAAAUGGUUUUCGUACAGCUUAUGUAUCAUCACCAACAUGGGGUAAUCAUGAUUCAAUUUUACAAACCGUUGGAUUUGAAGUACGAAAAUACAGAUAUUGGAAUAAAGAUAAACUUACACUUGAUAUUGAUGGUCUUAUUGCCGAUCUUGAAGCAGCACCAAAAAAAUCUGUUAUUUUACUUCAUGCAUGUGCUCACAAUCCAACUGGUUGUGAUCCUUCACGCGAACAAUGGAUACGCAUAUCGGACACAUGUAAAUCUCGUGAACUAGUUCCUUUUUUCGAUAUGGCUUAUCAAGGCUUUUCAAGUGGUGAUCUUGAUCAAGAUGCAUGGGCCAUACGUUAUUUUGCACACGAAGCAAAACAUGAAUUAUUUGUCGCUCAAUCAUUUGCUAAAAAUUUUAGUUUAUAUAAUGAACGUAUAGGACAUUUAGUUGGUGUAUUUGAAUCUCGUGAUAUCAUUCCCAAAUUUCGCACACAAAUGGCAACAAUUAUUCGAAGAAACUAUUCAAAUCCACCAGCACAUGGUGCAUACAUUGUAGCAACUAUUUUAAAUAACCCAACCUUAUACGGUGAAUGGAAAAAUAAUGUUCGUGCUAUGUAUGAACGUAUACACUCCAUGAGACAAUUAUUUUACAAUAAACUUAAACAAUUAGGUACACCGGGAACGUGGGAACAUAUUAUUCAACAAACUGGCAUGUUUGCUUAUACGGGCCUUAAUCCACGCCAAUGCCAGGUAUUAAUUCAACAACACCAUAUUUACAUAAUGAGUGAUGGUCGAAUUAAUGUUUGUGCCAUAACACAAAGAAAUGCUGAUGAAGUAGCACAAAAAUUUUACGAAGUGAUUACUACUAUUUCCGAUGAUCCAAAACUUUGA